AGGGCCGGCCGGCAGCAGGCACCUGCGCAGCGGGCUCCUGGGCACCAGGUGCCCGCUGCCAAGAUGCUGGAGCUGUUGGUGGCGUCGCUAUCCCUGGCGCUCGCCUUCUUUGCACUGCUGGACGGCUGGUACCUGGUGCGCGUGCCGUGUGCCGUUCUGCGCGCACGCUUGCUGCAGCCGCGGGUCCGCGACUUGUUGGCGGAGCAGCGGUAUGCCGGCCGGGUGCUACCGUCGGACCUGGACCUGCUGCUGCACAUGAACAACGCGCGCUACCUGCGCGAGGCGGAUGUGGCGCGCGCCGCGCACCUGACCCGCUGCGGGGUGCUGGGGGCGCUGCGCGACCUGAACGCGCACACGGUGCUGGCCGCCUCGUGCGCGCGCUAUCGCCGCUCGCUGCGCCUGUUUGAGCCGUUCGAGGUACACACGCGACUGCAAGGCUGGGACGACCGCGCCUUCUACCUAGAGGCGCGUUUUGUCAGCCUUCGCGAUGGUUUCGUGUGCGCCUUGCUGCGUUUCCGACAGCAUGUGCUGGGCACCUCGCCGGAUCGAGUAGUACAGCACUUGUGCAAACGGAGGGUGGAACCCCCUGAGCUGCCAGAAGAUUUGAAGCAUUGGAUCUCCUACAAUGAGACCAGCAGCCAGCUGCUCCGUGCCGAGAGUGGCCUCAGUGACAGAAAGGACCAGUGACUGCCACCUCUGCACCCUCCCUGCCCCACCUGUCAGCCAGUCCCUCCAGGCGGGAAUGGGCCGCCUGGGGUGGGUGCACUCCUAACCAGGAAUGGCCUCGGACAAGCCUGGCUUCUUCCCGCUUGGCACUCCCCUGUGCUUGCCUCUUUUUUGGGCAGCUGGUGGGGUGGACGUUGUUGUCCCGGCCCGGCUCUGCCUCCUGGGUCCCCAUAGCAAGACUGUUCUAGUGUGCCUGGAUGCACAGGAUCCUGGAGCAGAAGGGUCAGCAGAACCCAAAGUCAGGGCCACUUGUGGCUAAGCAGGCCAGAGCAGUCGUGGGUGUGGCUGGGGCCUGCAGCUUACUCAGGGACAGUGGGCCAUCUGGAGGGUCACCUUAUAGCAGGGAAGCUAGGCCAGAACCAGCCCAAGGGCCCCCGAGAACACAGAAGGGCAUGUGGGUGCUGGUCAUUGGCUUAAGAUUCUGGUGAUACCCACCACUCUUAAGAGGAUAUACCCUGUUCCAGGCAGGUCACCAUGGUGUCGGGGGGGGGGGUCCCAUGACUAUGCCUAGCACCUGUCCUGUCAGCUCAGGGAGAGGCCAGCUGCUUGAAGCUAGGAACGGCCUCCUUGCUCCCUCUCUGGGAACCACACCUGGAGCCAGAGCCCAAAGCUUCAGUGAUGCCCUGCACCCCGCCCCCUGCACCCUCCUCACCCCCACUCGCACCCCCAGCGCUGCUAUGCUUGCCUUAGUGCUGUCAAGGGGAAAGCUGCAACCCGUUUUAUUUAAAGAAAGCACAAGAUUAAAAGAGUUCUCAAGG